AUGCAAGGUAGCCCACAAGGGAAGUACGUCAUUUUCGGAAAUUUCCGUGACUCAACUUCGGAAUAUUCACCAUUAUCCUCACAACUUCUCAGUACCUUCCUGCAGUCCGUUUCGCUUGAGUGUGGACUCGAUUCAAUACCUACGCAUUCCACGAACAAGCUCCACAAAACCGUUUACAAAACGGUCAACUUCCCAUGGAGUACCUUAAUCUGGACCAUUUGGCGUUCCACAAAACCGCUUUCAAAAUGGUUAAGGCCUUGUGGAGCCCCAAACUCCCUGAAAACGGACCACCAAACCGUUUGUGAAAUGGUUGAGGCCUCGUGGAGCACCUCAUUCUCAUCUGUUUGGCAUGCAUGUGGGCUCGUUCGGAUACCCCCAAACUCCAUGAAAAUAGUCCACAAAACCGCUUUCAAAAUGGUUAAGGCCUUGUGGAGUACCUUAAUCUGGACCAUUUGGCUCGUUUCGGAUAGCCCCAAACUCCCUGAAAACGGACCACCAAACCCACCUCAUUCUCAUCUGUUUGGCAUGCAUGUGGGCUUGUUCGGAUACUCCCAAACUCCAUGA